UCAGACAGGGUAAGACUUGACCUAGCUGAUCGUUUACGCAUGACGCACGCCGAACUCUCCCAGCUCCAAUGAAUAGACAAGCAGGAUAUAUCCUCGACGCCAUCUCCUUGUCCCGUGUAAGUCGAUUUCCACCCUCCCCAAGAUAUCAACUUUUAGAAACUUCCAGAUCCAGCCCGCUACUUCUUCUUCUUUCAUUUGGAACCGACUACGACAACGGGAACAUUAGCUAUAAAAAAGGAACACACUCUACCCACAAUAGAAAUGGACGAAAUCGAUACUACUGGUCUCGCAUCUCCGUCUAAAUCCAUGGUGUAUAUGUACGGCGAUACAGAUCUGUACCUUGAUUCUACAAACACUUCUUCGACAACAUCUAGCCCGACAGAAUCGCCGUAUAAUUUUACCUUCCAAGGGAUGUAUCCCAGUUCCGAGAAUACAGACGGGUCAGGAGAAACAACCCAGCCAGACUCACAACAGCCUCCUUCUAAGCCUGCGGCAAAGAGGAAGCGCGAGAACAGAUACAAGAACGCACCACCCUCUGUCCUAUCUCGUCGAAGAGCUCAGAACCGCGCAUCACAAAGAGCCUAUCGAGAGAGGAAGGACCAGCGUAUCAAGGAUCUCGAGAUCUUGCUCGGCGAAGCUCAGAAGAAAAACGACGUCCUCAGCCUCGCCUACUCCAACUUACAAACGGAAUAUCUCAGGCUCAAGCGCGAGCGCGAACGUGAUCAAGAAGCAGCAGCAAGAUACACACAGACUGCCCUAGUAUACGAUCCAACGAUAGACGCGACUUCAAACGACCUGGAUUUAUUCCUCUACAGUGGUCCAUCAGGUUACUCCAUGUAAACCAGCGGGUAACCCGGAUUUCAGACGGACUAGAUGCCUCAUAUGGUC